CUGCUGCUGUUUCUGCUAUUGCCGCCGCCGCCAUGGAGAACCCGGUGGAGAGCCUGCACAAAGAAGCCACUUGCUCCAUCUGCCUGGAGUACUUCCGCGACCCGGUCUCCAUCCCUUGCGGACACAGCUUCUGCAGGUCGUGCAUCGCGCAGUGCUGGAAGGAGCGCAGCACCGACUUCUCGUGCCCUCAGUGCCGGGUGGUGUCCCUGCAGAGGAAUUUCAGGCCCAACCGCGAGCUGGGCAACGUGGUGGAGAUCGCCAAGAGGCUGGGCUCCUGCGCCGAGCAGGAGGAGCUGGGAGGCGGCGGCGGCGGGAGGCAGGUGUGCGAGAAGCACCGUGAGGCGCUGAAGCUCUUCUGCAGCGAGGAGGAAGACCUCAUCUGCUGCAUCUGCCGGGAGUCCCGAGCGCACAGGAGCCACGCUGUGUUCCCCGUGGAGGAAGCAGCCCAGGAUUAUAAGAAAGAAAUCCAGAGCCGUCUGCAGAGCUUAAAGGAAGAGAAAGAGAAGCUCCUGGGGUUAAAACUGGCUGGAGAAAAUAGACACCAGGAAUAUCUGAAGCAAACGGAAGCCGAGAGGCAGAAAUUGAUGUCCGAAUUUGAGCUGGUGCACCACUUUCUGGAGGAGCAAGAAAAACUCCUGCUGCUUCAGCUGAAUGAGCUGGAGAAGGAGAUUAUGAAGCAUCAGAAAGAACACGGGGGAAAGUUUUCUGAUGAGAUUGUCUCUCUCAGUGCCCUGAUAGAUGAGAUAGAAGAGAAGUGUACACAGCCAGACGGCGAAUUCUUGCAGGAUAUCAGAAGCACCUUGGGCAGGUUUGACAAGGAGCCCUUUCAGCCACCUGAGGAGAUGCCAUCCAAGGUGGAAAAAAGACUCGGUGAAUUAUCGGAGAAAAACAGUGUGCUCACAGAUAUCCUGAAUAACUUCAAAGACACUCUGCCAUCAGAACUGGGGACAGAAUGGGUCAACAUAACCCUUGACACAGACACAGCAAACCCCCAAAUCAUCAUCUCCGAGGAUCGAAAAAGUGCGAGAUGGGACGUCACCAGGACAGAUGUGCCCCACAAUCCCAAGCGAUUUAAGUCCUCUUGCUGUGUGCUGGGCUGCGAAGGAUUCACUUCCGGGAGACAUUACUGGGAAGUCAACGUGGAGGAUGGGGGCAUUUGGGCUGUGGGGGUAGCCCGGGCCUCUGUGAGGAGGAAGAUAGAGCUCAAGCUGACCCCGGAGGAAGGGAUCUGGGCCUUGCAAGGGGAUUUUGGUCAGUACCAGGCUCUCACUACCCCUGUGACACCUCUGUCCCCUCUCUGCACCCCUAGGAGAAUCCGAGUAUUUCUGGACUAUGAAAGGGGACAGGUGGAAUUUCUUAAUGCUGACACAAAGGACUCUGUCUUCAUUUUCCCAUCGGCUUCAUUCUCUGACAGACGAGCGGGAUAAAAAUAAUAAAGUCAAAUGAAGUAGUAAUGAAGAACAGAAUACUUUUCGAUUCCGACUGACUGAAGCCCCGCUCUGCCCCACACUUCCUCCUGCAAAGCAUGCCUUUACUUUGCCCCCCAGGAACAGAUUUUGAAUGGUUUUUGUCAUUGUGUUAAAUCUCUCUUCCAUUAUU